UUUCGAAUUGAAAACAAUUGCGAUUACGAUUCUUAUCGAUGAUUAUAUUCGUGAAAUGAAAAUCAAUUAAAGACGUGAUUAUUUUAUGGUUAUCGAGUGUUCCUACCUUACAUUCUCGAUCUCGUUGUGCCCGACCGAAGUGCUCAUCGUUAGUCGUUACACUCGUUUAAUUUUAGUGUUUGUAAUUUCUAUAUUUUUUUUUUGGUUUUGUUCUCUUCGUACCGACCAACUUUUUUGUGGCGUGUUGCGGCCGUCUACCGGCAAGCGACUACCGGCAACUGGACUUUUCUAGUUUCGGACUUGGCGAUCACUUUGGUUUGGUACUAGAAACUUCCAACGCACACGAACACGACACGUGUAAUAACUCAUGAUUGUAAAUUAAUUCGUCACCUUUCGUAGUAUCGAUUCGCAUUUCAGUUUCCGAAAUGAGGAUUAAAAUAUUCUUGUUUUUGGCUUGUUUCGCUGGUUUCUUGGGUUUAACCAAAUACACCGUUGCUCAAGAUGCCGGUGUGCCGCCGGAACCCACCGUCGUAGAUGCUGAUCUUGGAGCUAGCAGAAGAGGAUCUAAAACAGACGACGAAAUCAUUCUUAAAGAAGAAGAACGAAUCAAACUCGAUGGCCUGAGCGUUGCUCAGAUGAGAGAACUCCGACAGAAGGCCGAAAAUUUCACUUUCCAAGCCGAAGUGAAUCGUAUGAUGAAACUGAUCAUCAACUCGUUGUAUAGAAAUAAAGACAUAUUUUUGCGAGAGUUGAUUUCCAAUGCUUCGGACGCGUUAGAUAAAAUACGCCUGUUGUCGUUAACCGACCCGAAUUCAUUGAACGCUACCAACGAUUUGUCCAUCAGAAUAAAAGUGGAUAAAGAAGGACGUAUGCUGCACAUUACCGAUACCGGUAUCGGUAUGACUAAAAAUGAUCUCGUUAAAAAUCUCGGAACUAUCGCUAAAUCCGGUACCGCCGAGUUUCUCAGUAAGAUGAACGAAAACGCAGCCGUUCAAAAAGAUCUCAACGAUAUGAUCGGACAAUUCGGUGUCGGAUUUUAUUCGGCUUUCUUAGUUGCCGACAAGGUGAUCGUUUCUUCGAAGCAUAAUGACGACGAGCAACAUAUUUGGGAGUCGGACGCCAACAGUUUUUCGAUCGUAUCGGAUCCUCGAGGUUCAACCCUGGGACGAGGAACUCAAGUUAGCUUGGAACUCAAGGAAGAAGCUAGUGACUACACGGAUCCUCAAGCUUUGAAAAAUCUAGUCAAAAAGUAUUCUCAGUUCAUUAAUUUCCCCAUCUACUUGUGGGCCAGUAAGACUGUAAAAGAAGAAGUGCCGCUUGACGAGGAAAACGAAGCCGACGCGAAACCCGAAAAAGAAGAAAAAUCCGACGAAGAUAAGGAAGACGAAGUAGUCGAAGAAGCAUCCGAAGACAAGGAUAAGCCGAAAACUAAAACUGUCGAAAAAACUGUUUGGGAUUGGGAGUUGCUUAAUGACAAUAAACCCGUAUGGACGAGAAAGCCGAAUGAAAUUUCUGAAGACGAGUACGUGGAAUUCUAUAAAGCGCUUACCAAAGAUUAUCAGGAACCGUUGGCUAAAACUCAUUUCAACGCCGAGGGAGAAGUAUCUUUCAAAUCUUUAUUGUUCGUGCCCAAAAUGCAACCUUCGGAUAGCUUCAACAGAUACGGAACGGUUACCGAUAACAUUAAGCUUUACGUUCGACGGGUUUUCAUCACCGACGAAUUCAGCGAUUUACUUCCAAAAUAUUUAAGCUUUUUGAGAGGAGUCGUCGAUUCGGACGAUUUACCAUUGAAUGUUUCUCGUGAAACCUUGCAACAGCACAAAUUAUUGAAAGUAAUCAAAAAGAAAUUGAUUCGAAAAGCGUUGGACAUGUUUAAAAAAUUGGAUCCGGAAACGUUCCAAAAGUUUUGGAAGGAGUAUUCUACCAACAUCAAAUUGGGAAUGUUCGAAGACCCGUCUAAUCGAUCUCGUUUAGCUAAAUUACUCAGAUUCCAAUCUUCUUCUACGUCGGAAGGAUACGUUUCGUUGGCCGAUUAUGUUUCACGCAUGAAACCUAAACAAGAACAUAUCUAUUAUAUCGCCGGAGCGACAAGAGCUGAGGUGGAAAAAUCUCCUUUCUUGGAAAAAUUAUUGAGAAAAGGUUACGAAGUCUUAUACUUGAUCGAAGCUGUCGACGAAUAUGCCCUAUCGUCUUUGCCCGAAUUCGAAGGAAAGAAAUUCCAGAAUGUUGCCAAAGAAGGAUUAUCCAUCGCUGAAAAUAAAGAAAAACUCGAACAAAUCAAAAAAGACUACGAACCGUUGACUGCUUGGUUAACCGAAAACGCAUUGAAGGAUAUGGUGCUGAAAACUGAAAUAUCGGAACGUCUAACCGAUUCACCUUGCGCAUUAGUCGCCGGAAUGUUCGGCUGGACCGGUAACAUGGAACGAUUGGCGAUGGCUAACGCUCAUCAAAAAAGUGAAGAUCCUCAACGCGAAUAUUACAUGAAGCAGAAAAAGAAUUUAGAAAUCAACCCGAAACAUCCGAUUGUUAAGGAUCUGCUACGCCGCGUUAAAGAUGAUCCCGAAGAUGCUAAAGCUAAGGAUAUCGCAUUGAUGAUGUUCAGAACAGCUACUUUGAGAUCCGGCUAUAUGGUUCAAGAUUCGUACGAGUUCGCUCAAGCCGUAGAAACCAUGAUGAAGCAAACGUUGGGCAUUCCUCUGGACGAAAAAGUUGAUGAUUUCGACGAUGAAGAUGAAGACGAUAGCAGCAACGCUGAUAAAACACAGUCCAGUACUGGCGAAGCUGUGCAAGAAACUGAAGCCGAUGAAGAGGAAGAACACGAUGAAUUAUAAGUCGAGUUUAGACUGUUUGUUUGUAUUUUUUAUUGUUUUUCGCCCCUUUUCACGAUGUUGCGAUUCCCUCUGUGUUCUCGUCGCACGAGAUAAAAGCGCAGCCUAUUUCGUUUCUCAUUUACCACGGCGUCACCAUCCUCAUAAAAUAUCUUCUUUACGUCGCCUUUUUUUUUUUAAUUUAUUUAUUUAUUUAGUCUAUUUUGUACUUUACCCAUCGUAUCGGUAGCAUUUUUUGAAAGAUGUCCACUUGUAAAUGAUACUAAAUAGCAUAUUCGUAUUUCGUAUUUGUAAUUUUGUAAAUUAGCGUUAGGUCAUCACCAUCAAUACCUAAGCAAUUUUGUACUUUAUGGAUUAUUUCUCGUUUCUUAUUUUUGAUUUUUGUUUUUUUAUUUUUCUUUAGUGAUGAGUAUUUAUAGAAAUAUUACUUUUUUGAAUUACGCCAAGCGAAGCUUUUUUUCAGUCGUAAUUCAGAUUAAUUUAUUAAUGUGUAAAGAAUGUAAAAUUUUGUACGAUUUAUUUAUUUUCAUUUAUGUUUCCCGUGAUUUUUUUUUUCAUGUUUCAUCUUGAACGUAAUGUUUUUGUGUCAUUGUUCCUUUUGAAGUGAUAGUAAAACUACAUAUUUCAAAUCUGC